GUAUAAAUAGAGGAGACCCGAAAGGGAAGAACCCAAGCUAAAUCAGGCUAAUAAAAGAUACACAAUUCUCGAGUUCUUGUUCUUAAUUCAUCUCUUACGAUCCGUUCUCCAAAUCGGAUCAUUUGGUGGAUUUAUUGUCCAUCAGAUUGGUGCUCUUGUUGAGAGCUCGAGAAUCAUACUCAGAUAAAACCUUCCAAGAAGACGAUGGUGCAGACACGCAGCAAUGCCAAUGCUGGAACCGGAGCUCCCCACCAGGGCGAAAAUAGCGCCACCGGAGGCCAGCACCCUCCUAUCAGUACGACAGAGGCGGAGGCCCUCAUUCAGAGGGUUGGGAUCACGGCUGAGCAGUUCAAGGAGGUGUUGGCGACACUGACGCCCAACCGCGAGGUUGUGAUAGAAGACGCGACGGGGGUGCCCGUAGGCGAAAAGGCUGGACCUGCAGGUUCGCAGGGAAAGAAGAAAAAGGUGAGGCGAUCUCAGAAGAAGAAGGCGACCAAGCCUAAUGGGAAAGCCAGGAUGGAAGAUGCGCUGUCCAGGUUGGACGAGGAAGACGAGUCGUCCUCUUUUGAGCGGGCGUCCACCUUUGAUCGCUUGGGAGACCCCAAGGCCAAGAAGCCCCGAACCUCCGCGUUCGACCGGCUGCAAGACACGCGGGCGGCCCGCAAGGGCGACCUGAGGGAGACGCUCAAGGAAAGGAGAGGAGAAUCCACUGCGACCUCCAAGAUCGGCUCGGAGGAGCGACGAAAGGCGGUCGAGAACGAGGAAGCAGUUGAGUUGUGGAGGAUGUAUGAGCGAUUGGAGAAGCGGCUGGACGCCCAGAACCCCUAUCGCCAGGCAGUCUUUAGUGAGGUAACACCCUUCUCCAGGAGGAUAAUGUCUUGCCCUCUCCCUGACAACUUUAAAACCCCAAAGGUCAAAGCGUACAAUGGGACAACCGAUCCUCAGGACCACCUUGCUCGCUUUGGUGCGAACGUGGUCAUGUAUGCAUAUCCAGAAGAGAUCAAAUGCCGGUGCUUCCUGGCGACGCUGGAAGGACAGGCUUGUGAGUGGUUUCACAAGUUACCCAAGGGAUCGAUAGAUAAGUGGAGCGACCUGGUCCGCAAGUUCUUGGAGCAUUUUGCAUCCAGCCGAAGACAAAGGCUCCCCUUCUCACACUUGCUCAAUGUGAAGAUUCGGAAGGGAGAGCAGCUCCGGGAAUUCAUUAAUAGGUGGGAAAAGGAGGCCAGGGACGUCCAAGGGGCGGACGACCAAGCCCUGAUCGCCAUGCUCCAGGCUGCACUCCCCCAAGGGGAUGUGCGCAAGGAGCUGCGACGGAACUGUCUCCCGACCUAUCAGAAGAUGUUGGCCAGGGCGAAAUACUUGGCCUUAGAAGAAGAAGACGAUGAGCCGCCAGUCUGGAAGGAGAAGAAAAGCGGGCUACCGGCGGCAGAAGGAAAGAAGAGGAAGGACUACGGUAAGGGGCCGAACCCCACUGGGUAUCAUGCAAACAGACAUCUGGUUCAUGCGGUACAGUCUUUGCCUGCCCCUCCUCACGGUCGGGAAAGCUAUGGUGCGCAAGAUGCACCCAAAUACUGCGAGUACCACCGUAACAGCACCCACAACACGUCGGAGUGCGUUACACUAAAGAAGGAGAUGGAUCAACUAAUCGCCAGGGGGCCGCCUCCUCGGUCGGAGCGACCAUCCUCAAAUAACUGGACCUGGAGGAGGCCGCCAGCCCCCACAGCAGCGAUCAUAGCGGGAGAGGGGCAGGAGGAUGGACGACGGCAUCUCGGAAGAGACUGUGAUGACCUGGAUGAGGAGGAAAGACAGUGACGCCGACACCUAGGGUGUCGAUUUAUCAUGGGGGGAAACACUGGAGGAGAUUUGGUAUCCUCACGGAAGAAGUGGAAGAACAUGGUGUAUCUGGCCGAGGUACAAAGACCGCCGCUACCUAAGCGGAAGAAGAAGGAACCUCUGAUCUUCACAGACGAGGAUUAUCCACCAGUCCUCAGCCCCCACAGGGACGCUCUGGUAAUAAAGGUAGAAAUCAAUA